ACAUCUUGUUAAACGUUUAUGUAGCCCGUAAAAAUAAUGAGCUAGCAGUAUAUAAGGAAGUACUCGUAGCAACGACCAAGCCAGUAGACACAACGCUUCGCUGGAAACAACUGGAAGCAGCAUGCAGCCGCAGGUUAUCACGGCACUUGCCGCCUUGCUGUUGUGCGUGGCCUCCACUUCUGGUACAGCCAGAAGACCGUAUGGAGUGCCUCAUCAACGUCAGUACACGCAAUAUGACUACUAUGAUGACUUAGGAGUGAACAGGAACGGGAUAAAUUGCGUCUACAAAACCCGGCCUGGCGACCCGCAGCGGUACCUCUGCUGCCCGAUAUAUCCAGACGGCUCGCGCGCCGCGCCGCGGUCUAUAUCGUCGGAGGGAUGCGGCGUGUUGACCUUCCCCGAAGACUACCCGCCCGACUACCACUGCUGCCCGGAGAACGACGAGGUCGGCAGCCGUCGACACCUGGCGCCCCAGUAGGAGCCGGCCAGCCCCGCCGUUCAGCCACAACGGCGGCUUCAGGACGACUUUUCGGGAGGGGCUAUCGCACGAAGAAAAGUCGCGGUUGCAAAAAAGAAAAAAUGAAACUUGUCAGAUAUUGGCCUUGGAAUAUUAUUUACAAAUUACAGGUGUCAAAUACAGAACCUUAGCAGCUCUAUGCAACUUUUUGAUGAGAUAAAAGUUUAACAUAUGAAAAUUAAACAUUUAAGCAAACAUAAAUAUACAAUGAUCAAUAAAAUUGGUCUCGGGAGGGGCUGUCACCCCCAACGCCCCCCCUUCUGGAAACCGCGCUUGUUCAGCCAGUGCCGGCGCGGCCAAUCGCCUGGCACCCUUCUUAGGCGUGCUCCAUCCGGAUUGGCUCGCGGCCAGAUCCUUUCCGCUUCCCUCCCCCUCUUUUAUAACCCGCACAAGUGUAACGCUGGCGACUGUAACAUCAACGCACAUUCUUCAACGACACGUAACCAGAGACGGAUCUCCCGGUCACACUUUAACUAUCGCGUCUGCCCCUCUUCCACAAUGCACGGAGACGUAAAAAAAGGUUGCAACCAAAGAUGGUUGUAUUUCGAGGUUAACAAAAUACUAAUCGAAUUAAAAAAACAAUAUUAUAAGAGAUCAUAGCACGGUCUGAAUUGCCAAUUAAAAUAGACACACACAACAAAGUUAUGAUAUGAACACCAAGGUAUUCUUGUACUUGUGACUAUUUUUAAAGUAUUUAGAACAUAAACCAACAUGGCUACCAAACAAUCGGCUACAGUUGGUCGUACGGAGCAACGCAAACGGAAGAGUUCAGCAUUGCUGAGCUAAUCCGUAGGUCCGUCUCCAACUGUAGAAACACCGUUUCAUGAGAUCCGUUUACGGUUACGUGUCAUUCAACAACGAGGCAAACUGGGAUACAAGCUAUCUGAUCUGCAUUUCCUGUCACUUCCUAAAGAAAACUUACCUAUUUCCUUUAACUAAUUUUUUUUCCCCCAACUGACAACAAUGUUUGUUUAUAUUACUAUUCAAUUAAUUUAUUCAUAGUGCCAGGUUGUUCAUUAUCAUGUAUGCCACAACUUUAAGUCCGACAUAUGUAUGGAGUCCAUUUGUUUAUUUUCGUUUAUUAAAAAAAACAAAGAAAUAUACAUGUAUUAUCUUAGUGUUAUAAUGUUAAAAUGGUUCAGGUAAUUUUUUUUAAUGUAUCUAUUUGACUGUAACUGUUUCUUUGAAAAACAAUUUAAUAUAAAGCCUAGUUUUUAA